AUGAAGGAAGAAAGGGAGACCAAGGACUCGUUCGUAGACGACACCGGCGAGAACAGGAUGAAGAUACGGCCACAGGACGUGCCAGACGGCGUGGCCGAGAGGAAGCCGAAGCGAUUCAAGGGAAUUCCGUCUCUCAGGACAAUCACAAACCCAUUGGACCUGUCUCCUACGAAUCCAAUUCUGAGAAUGCUGAAAGUGCCUGGAAUAAUAUUCUGUAGCACCAUAGGAGGGUAUCUGGUUGGGAAGCUGGGGGCAAGGCCGUUCUACCUGGUGCUGAUAGGCCACUGCAUCUACGCGUUCUACAGGAGGCGAGUCAGCCAGUACCAGCUGAGCGUCGACACGAUCAUGGGCCAGGCCGAGCGCCUGAAGAGCAUGGGCGAGCACGAGAGCGUCGAGUGGAUGAACUACGUCGUCAGGCGCGCCUGGCUGAACGUGGAGGCGGCCGUGAGCUCCGAGAUCCACUCGGCCGUGAACAAGGUGCUCAAGGCGAAUUGCCCGAAGUUUCUGAAGAGCAUAAAGCUAAGUGAAAUUACACUUGGAACGGAGCCACCUGUGGUCGAGCGAGUGAAGUUCGUGGACGAGAGGGAGGACGUGGUGGUGCUGGAGGCGUCCGUUGCCUUCGUUCCGCUCCAGGACGAGGCGGUCUUCACGGAGCCACGAAGCCACUGGAACACGUGCAUCCAGCUCAGCGUGGCCCUCAACAACCUGAUUUCGCUGCCGAUUCUGGUCAGAAACUUCACGUUCUCGGCCACGAUGCACGUCGAGCUCUCGCUCCUGAAGAAGGCGCCCUUCGUCGACAAACUCAGGUUCCAGUUCACCGAGCUGCCCGUAAUCGACUUCGUCUUCAUUCCGCUGAAAAUAUGCGACUUCAUGGACCUGCCUCUGCUGAGCAGCACGCUCAAGUCGACCGCAAACAGGCAGCUGAGUGCCAUUCUCGUUGCGCCCCACUUCCUCGAGGUCGAUUUGAGCAAGGUCGACAAAUACGCCGGAAAGAGGAUUGGCGUGAUCUGCGUGAGACUGGAGAGCCUGCUUUCGGCGGACGAUGGCAUCAAAUCGGUGACGCUGUCGAUCGAUGGCACCGUCUUUGGCGAGACAGAGAAACACGAAGGAAGAAACCCAAAAUUCAACGAGGUGUUUUAUGCACUGGUAAAGGACACGAACACGACCAUUUCGCUACGACACCACCAGGAGGCUGACCAAUUUGGGGUGAUUCACCUUCGAAACCUGAACAAGCACAGCUACUCCGAGAACAUCAACAUGUGCAAUGGUCACGGCCAGUCCCUGCUUGGAGCCACGACUCUUUUCUACCAGGCCACUGAGUCAAAGAAGGAAAGUGCCAUUUUGAGCAUAAAAGUCGUAGGCGUAGACAAUUUGCAUAAACGAGGAAUGUCGAAGAAGCUGCUCUACAACACGUACGUCAUCGUGAGGGUGGUGCAGCAGAGCACGAAGAGGACGAUAGCGGAGUUCGAGACGAAGCGCAUCUUCGCGUCUCGCAGCCCGCAGUUCAACGAGAAGUUCGAGCACUUUGUGAGGGACUUCGACCUCUACGACCUGGCGGUGAAGGUGGUCGACGACAAGGACGAUUCGCAGAUCGGAGACCUCUACGUCCCCCUCUCUGACAUCCACGACUGCUCCACUGGCACCAGCAGCCGAUUCAGACUCAGAGGAGUUGAAAAUGGGGAAAUUCUCUUUGAAUUUGGAAUGGAAUACAUCGAUAUCCACGACAGUAGAAACGUGUCACUAAAAAGUGAAGAUGAAUCAGAGGCGAUCAACAGCGAAGUUGACGAGAGCAGGGCGUCGAGGAAGGGCGUGAAUGGGAUGAACAUGUCGACUGAGACAGAAAUAAGCAGGCACCAAACAAGGGUGGAGGAGCCUGGGGCUCCUCCGCCACCUGAUCCAACUGAAUUCCACCCUUUGAAGCUGCCUGAACCAGUUGGCCUCGAUCUCGGAAUCUACAACCUGAAGAAGCAGUCGAAGAGGCUGAUCGACUUCAAAUACGCCGUACAAGUCACCUCGGUCUCGUUCAGCAGCCGUGGCUCCUUCUACUUCGUCUUCGAAACCAACUCGAUGGUUCAGAAGACGCAGCAGUUCACCACAGUCAUCGGCAGCAGAGUCAGCUCCCUUCUUCCAAUCAGCAACGAGCGAGUCGUCCUCGUCCGCCUCUUCAAAAUCACCGUCAACGGCGACUCGCUCAUCGGAGAGGAGUUCGUCGACAUCAGCGGCAGCUGCUUCGUCUGCGUAUUCGACAGAACACGCGUUGAAUUCGCCAUUUCGAAGACGGCCCUCGUCAGAAACCACAACAAGAAGCACAGCACCAAAUUCGUCCAAAUUCGAUUCAACUCCUUCGACAACCUGAUCGAGUCGCUCCACUUUUACGACGGAAGAAGCCUCGUUUAUGCCAGUGAAAUUUUCAGGCGAUUUCUGUUCAAAAUGGAAGGGGGGACGAAUCUGAGGGUGAAGCACCUGAAAACAGUCGAAAUUGGAAAGACCGAAAUGGAGAACGAGGAGGUCGACUUGGGCAACUUCAGGAGGAGCAGCGGCUCGUCGGAGCUGCUGGCGCACGCCGACCUGGUCACAGUGGGCUGCGACGUCCCAUUCGUGAAGGACAUGCUCAGAGGCGUCCUUGAAAUCCACGUCAUCAACGCAACAGGGGUGGAGCCGCCUUCUUCGGCCACCGCAAACCCGUUCGUGGUCGUCUACGUCAACAAAGAGAGCGUAUUCAAAACAGCGGUGAAGAGGGGGACAAGGAGCCCGGAAUUCAACGAGUCCGUUGACGUGGAGGUCGUGAAGGAGAUCGACAGACUUGGACUGACCAUUUAUGAGCAUAACAGAAUUGCAGCAAAUGAGAUACUGACAUUCUGCGAGUUUCCACUCUACAACCUGGUUCCAGGCUACAGCAAGCACGAAUUGGCAAUGAAGGACGCCCACAGUGGAGCAGAGACCAAGACAGUUCUAACUGUCCUAUUCAACUACAAAAGAAGUAGAAAAUGA